AUGGUGCGGUUGUACUCGAAGACGGAUAAGAUGACGCACGUGUUGACGGCGGAUUACGCGGCGGCUCGACGCGCGUUUUCGCGAGAAGGGCUCAAGGCUGCGCGUAAGCACGUCGAGAAGGCGAUUUCGAAUUCAUCGUCGGAGUACGGGUUGCUUUUAAUGAUCGUCGGGUGCGUCAUAAUAGUCACGGCGAGUGUUUUGGCUGUGGUCACGUUUCCGACGCGCGAGUCGACGCGGGGAAAGACGAAGACGGAAUGA